CAAGGCAUUCCAAUGACCUGUCAAAUAUGGCGGCUGUAGGCCAAUGUUUAUAAACAUUGUUUUGUUGUCAUUGAGUUUUCAUAUUGUUCUGUUAUAAGUUGAUCUUAAAGUUGUGAGAUUUUUGUUUUCGUGACUGCAUCAAAUGAUUUUUAUAUUGUUCAGAGCUUAUUAGUGGUAUUCUCACGAAAAAAUGCCUUUGACAUGCCUUGUAGUUGAUUGUAGAAGUCGUUUCAACAGGGAUGAUGUAAAAUUCUUUUCAGUGCCUGCGGUUUUAAGCCACAGGUUUCUUACGGAUAAAAACGAAUUGUCUGAAAGGCGUAGGGCACUAUGGAUAGCAGCAAUUAAGAGGGACGAUCUUACUGAUUCGAAACUAAAGAAUCAGAGAGUCUGCAGUAAACAUUUUUAACUUGUAAGUGAUAUAGUUGAAAUCAACCUAAGUGGCCAAGUGUUAUAAUGAUAUUUACAUUAAAAGUAUUUUACACCAGUCUGAAUUGCCUCUAGGAAAACCUGCAGCUUUGGAAGAUGAAAAUCAUCCGGAUUGGGUUCCAUCACAGAAAAUGGGGCACAAAUCUCAUAGGAAACAGGCUGAUGUUGAGAGGAUAAGAAGAUUUGAUAAACAGAGGAAAUUGAGCAUUGAACACGCAGAUAUUGAUGUCGAACUUAAUUCAGAGGCCCCAGACCAUGGUAGUAACUUCGAUACUGGGGUUGCAUCUCAGACGGACAUUACUAUGGAAGAAUUAACUUUAAAAUUCGACCAAUUGAGUUUUGCCUCAAAAACGAUAGAAAGACUUGAAAAAAAAUUGACACAUCGCCAUUUGGUCUCAGAGACGAUCCUAGUAAUGAUAUCAAAUGGAUUUACUAUACAGGUUUUUCGUAUACUUUUGUAGAAGGUAUAUUAUAUAAGAUUAUAGAAGAUGAUAUUCCCACAACAAGUAUUACUGCUCUCAGUUCUUUCAAUCUGUUAAUAUUAACUCUAAUUAAGUUAAGAUUAAAUUUACAUUUUCGAGA